AUGGUUCAUGCCACGAACACUGAUGAUUAUGAUGACGGUGAACAGGAUAUGAGUAUACAUAAUAGGGAUGAUGUCAAGGCACGUAAGAGGAGUAAGCAACCAUCACCAUCACUAGCAGCUGAGGAUCUCGAGAUCAUCGACUAA